GCUCUUAUUAAAGCUAUUUACAUAUACAUAUACACACACCUCGCAUUACGUAGUUUAUUUAGUUUUUAUAUCCUAGUUCAGUUGACAGUCAACAUGGAUCCUAGCCGGAUCUGUCUUAUUUUACUCUUAAUAUUGGAUAUUGUAUAUAGUGAAGAAAUUGUAUUUGAAUCUGGAGUAAGUUUCCAAACGGUGAAUAAAGAUGCAUUGCCCAAUCCUUCCGAUUAUGAUGACGUAGAAAAUACAGGUAGUUAUUUGUUUGAUGCUGGUGUUGAUGGUAAUGAGAAGAAGAGGUUAUCAUUGAGUGUUCUAGUACAAGAUUUUAAAUCAGCUAAUUCUAGAUAUUUUAGAGCACACCCAGCAUUUAUAUCAUGUGUUCAAAAAGUAAUGAUGGAUUUACAAAAUCAGGACAAAAGCUUGAUGGUCUACAAUGGAUUUCUGACCAAGGCUGAUACCGGUAACAGAAACGGCAAACAAGAGAGAUAUGGUCGUAGUGGAACUGGUGUUACCCUCACAUUUAAACCUGGUGUCGGUGGAGCACAAACUGAACAAAUAGCCACAGCAGCUUUAAAACAUUGUCCAGUUAUGUUUGAACGUCUUCAGAGAAGUCUCGGCGUUGUAAUGGUCGGCGAUAAUGCUGUACAUCUUCAUAUGACGAGUACACAGAAUGCAGCUCCAUUUUUUGGUAUUGACGGCUACACGCGCAUGACAUUGGAAGUGUUUAAAUCUUGGUGUCUGGACCAGAUUGAUCUAGGACUUGAUCCAAUCGGUUCACCCGAUUGUAGUAAAGUAAAGGUUCUACAGAAUGGCCAGAUUUACCCUUCUGAUGUGACUACACCACAAGAAGUUGUUGGUGAUGUUGAUGCUCCUAUUACCAGAGAUUCGGACGCUGACUUUUCCACUCUAGUUCAAUAUCAAGGAAGGAAUAUAGAUUUUGUCAAUGCUGAAAAGUCUGCUGCAUGGUGUGGCAAACCAGGAACACCAUGUGUUGACUGUGGAGCUGGACCAGUGGGAAACUCUCUCAACCAAAGGUGUACGGCUAGGUUGAUGAGUCAGAGAAUGUAUAAUGUUGUUAAUCGUCUUCAGAAAAUGGUGAGAGCAGAUAAUGAAAAACUAAAGAUUGAAAAAGCCUUUGAUGAGAAGUAUGAAGGUCAUGAAGCAGAUUUUGAUGUAACUUCACUGCACACCGAGGGUCGAAUGGUUGUAGCUACACUUGCGUCUGGGGUAGAUCCAGCAAAAAUACAGAAACUUGCCCAGCUGGCAAUAUGUGCUAAGGCCGACUUUGUGAAAAAUGAAGGUGACAAGGUAAUAAUUGCUGUAAAAAAGAUGUAUGGUAACACGGCCCAAAAAAUAGCCUUCCCUAAUAUUGAACUCCUCCGAGUUGAACCUCCAGCAGCUGAUAAACAGUUGUAUUCACUUCCCAAAGGUUUUGAUGAAGAUGACGAAGCCACUUAUCCUUUGAUGGAUUCAAAUAAUCAGCAUGAUGAACUACUAGCAGACGACACACCACUAGGAUUAUUCGUAUCUAAGGAUCCAUCAAUCCGUUAUUUCCGUCUUGAACCACGUGUAGCUAGUUGUUAUGCCCAGAUGGUUUAUAAUUUAAACAAACAUAACAAGGAUGGAGAUCCAAGAAUUGAAUUAGAAGUUGUGCGAGGUUUUAUGUCUACCCAAGAACAGUUACUCAAGUUUGAUCCCAGUGAUAAACGUUACAACACUAUGACCCUUGGAACAGGUUUCGAAGUUCGCUAUUCUGCAAGCAAUACUAAAACAAGACCUUUACAUACUCUAGUAAAAUUGGCCGUUGAAUAUUGUGGUCCAACAUUCCACGAGUCUGAUAAACAAGAAAUUGGUAUUGGUUUAUAUAGCGAUAGAAUAUUUAUUGAUGUUAGAACUGAUUUCGAUGUUUGGACUAAGUUCCCCGAACAGAUGCCAACUGAAUAUAAAUCGCUGGCUGAUUAUAGAGAAGAUAUGUUACAGAGAUUUGAACUGGCUGUCCAGAACCGUAUUGUCGAUCCUGAUAAUUUGGAAGAAGCUUGUGUGCAAGCUAAUCAUCCUGGUCUUCAGUCACCAAAUUUCGUACAUUCUCAUCCAUCUCAUGUAACAAGACGUCGCCGUGCAGCAGGAGAUCCAGAUGAUUGUCUUCCGGUCAGUGACACAGCCUUUUGUAAAAACACUUUAGUCCACCGACAAACCGAGGUAGCUCAUAUCUGGGAAGAAGUCGAGCGAAAAUGGCUCUACCACAACCGCGAUGAGGUAAAAGAGGCAUUAGAAGGAUGCUUUAUCACUUGCGGAACAUGCUUGCAAGGGAACAUUUAUGAUGAUAAGAGUGAAAACUGUAACAACUUCUUACAUUGGGUUAAUUUUGAUCUCAUGAACUAUGGUCCAGAUGUAACCAAUAUCUUCCCAAGAGAUUCUAUGGAGCUUCGUCAUCGAGCAUGUAGAUCUGGUCACUGUAUAGAAGACGCUCCCUUGUUUCAUCUCAUUGUUCAUGCAGCUGAAGCUAUUUAUAGACCCGAUCCCAAGGCGAGCGUGGAAAAUGAGCUCUUUCCACAAGCCGAGAAUCCCAGUCCAGUACUCCAAUUGUUGAGUAGGUUAUAUGCCAUCCAUGCUUCUGGCAUUGUUAAAUUCUGGGUUAGAGAUGAGAAUGAUAUGCUGUCUCUCAAAGCCCCAUUGGAGGUCGCCAUGCUGUACAAUAAAAAUGUAACAAAAGUCCAAGUGUUUGUGAAUGAAGACAGCAAACGUGAUGCUGUAGAAAAUGUUAUCCAGACUUAUGUUGCUGAUUGGUCCAGCAUCGGUUGCCCAAAAUAUACACGUGAGGUCAUUGCCCCCUCAGACGUUUUACCUAUGCCUUCUGGAAUUGGAAAAAGAUCACCUCGUGCUGCUAUCCGAGAAGACAUUAUUAACCACUAUACCAGCUGGGAAUCUCGAUGGAUCAAUAGAGACAUAUAAUGCUUACAUUCCACAAAAUAUAUAAUAUUAAUUAAGCAUUCAAUCGCUAUAGAUAUAUCGAUACAAUUAAACAUUUCUAUCUGUGGAUUAAUUACAUACUAAUGUUUCUUUGACAUCAACGGUGUCAAAACUACGAUUGAUUUUCUGAAGACCAUAUUUAGCUCAUCCAGCCAAUGUGCCUAUGUCACUACCAUGACCCUCGGUUAACUUUUUAUACUUUCGGCUCCUCAUCUUGAAACAGCUAUUCGGAAUCAAGUACUACAUGUAUAUUUCACUUCAGGACGUGUUUUACGUUAAUCAAAGAGUCUGUGUCUAUCGCGGUCAAAUACAUGAUUCGAAAACGGUUGAUUUGAUUUAAGCCAGUAUUAGAAGUUGACUGUAAUUGUUCCAAAGGGUCUCAUUCCUCCAACGAGUAGUUUUAUCUAUUGCAGUUUGCAAAGUAUUAGUUCUCAGCCACGGUAGGUAUGUUGCUUGAGUGUUGUUCAUUGCAGUUGAAAUGGGACGGGUGCACUGUAAAGGGGCGCUUUUAGACAUUUUCAUCUAAUCCGCUUCAUGAAUGUCAACCAAAAUCUGUAGGUCUGUUGUUUGAUUUGCGCUUUUCAGAUUUUUCAAUGUAAAUGAUACGACAGGGUCAUCAUAGCAGUACCUAUGUAAACAGUUUCUUCUGAUUGAAAUGUGUAAAAAUAAGAUAGACAUUAUUAAUAUAUAGAAAAACCCACCUAUUAGUAUUUUGAGUUUCCUAAACCACCAACUUUCCCUGUUUAUCCAUGUUCUUAAGUUAAUUUAUUAAUUUGAGAAAUAAUUUAUAUACUUUGUACCCAGCAGUGAUUUUAUCUCUAAUUCAACUUCUUCGAGUGCUGUUCGAAACACAUAUGUUUGUAUAUUUUUACAUUUUACUUUUAUAAAUAAAAUAUUUUUUAUUUCAAA